AGGGCGGUGGGGCACACGCGGAGUCGUUGGAGUGAGGGAGUGCUGAGUCGGUGCUGCCGCCGCCGCCUUCUCCCGUACGGCUUCGGAGCCGCAGAGGUUUGUGGGGCAGCCACAAAAUGGAGGCGAACGGGAACGGCAGCGGGAGUAGCAGCGAUUCGGCUCCCGACUGCUGGGACCAGGCGGACAUCGAGCCGGGCAGCGGCGCCGACCCUGGGUCCGCCCCGCCGGCCGCAGAGGCCCAGGCCGAGCAGCCGGAGCUCCUCCUUGAUGCGGCUUUCAGCCGCCAGCUCAACGUGAACGCCAAGCCCUUCGUGCCCAAUGUCCACGCUGCCGAGUUCGUGCCGUCCUUCCUGAGAGGGGGGGCGGCGCCUGGACUACCGCCGCCCUCCCCCCCACCUGGCCUGCCGCCGCCCCCGCCCCACGGAGCAUCUGCAGAGUCUUCACAAGAGGAGCAAACAGCAUCUUGUGAAGGUUCAAAUGUUGCUGUUAGUAUGGAAGUCUCAGAACCUGUUGUAGAAAAUGGAGAGACAGAAAUGUCCCCUGAAGAAUCAUGGGAUCACAAAGAAGAAACAUGUGAAGCAGAGCUAGGAGGUGGCCCAUCAGGAGAUGCAGGGCAUACUGAGGAGAGUGCCCAGGAAAUGAUGGAGGAAGAGGAGGAAAUACCAAAACCUAAAUCUGUAGUAGCACCACCAGGUGCUCCUAAAAAAGAACAUGUAAAUGUAGUAUUCAUUGGACAUGUAGAUGCUGGUAAAUCAACCAUUGGAGGACAAAUAAUGUACUUAACAGGAAUGGUUGACAAAAGAACACUUGAGAAAUAUGAAAGAGAAGCUAAAGAGAAAAACAGAGAAACCUGGUACCUGUCUUGGGCCUUAGACACAAAUCAAGAAGAACGAGACAAAGGUAAAACAGUAGAAGUGGGCCGUGCCUAUUUUGAAACAGAGAAGAAACACUUCACAAUCCUAGAUGCCCCAGGGCAUAAGAGCUUUGUUCCAAAUAUGAUUGGCGGGGCUUCUCAAGCUGAUCUGGCUGUGUUGGUUAUUUCUGCAAGAAAAGGAGAGUUUGAAACUGGAUUUGAAAAAGGGGGACAAACAAGAGAACAUGCCAUGUUAGCAAAAACAGCAGGUGUAAAACAUUUAAUAGUUCUUAUUAAUAAAAUGGAUGAUCCAACUGUGAACUGGAGUAACGAAAGAUAUGAAGAAUGUAAAGAGAAGCUGGUGCCAUUUUUGAAGAAAGUUGGCUUCAAUCCCAAAAAAGAUAUUCAUUUUAUGCCCUGCUCGGGACUGACUGGAGCAAACCUUAAAGAGCAAUCGGAUUUCUGUCCUUGGUAUAUCGGGUUACCAUUUAUUCCGUAUCUGGAUAAUUUGCCAAACUUCAACCGUUCAGUUGAUGGACCAAUCAGGCUGCCAAUUGUGGAUAAAUAUAAGGAUAUGGGCACUGUGGUCCUGGGAAAGCUGGAAUCAGGCUCUAUUUGCAAAGGACAGCAACUUGUGAUGAUGCCAAACAAGCACAACGUGGAAGUUCUUGGAAUCCUUUCUGAUGAUGUAGAAACUGAUGCUGUAGCCCCAGGUGAAAACCUGAAGAUUAGACUGAAAGGAAUUGAAGAGGAGGAGAUCCUUCCAGGAUUUAUACUCUGUGACCCUAAUAACCUUUGUCAUUCUGGACGCACAUUUGAUGCCCAGAUAGUGAUAAUUGAGCACAAAUCCAUCAUCUGCCCUGGUUAUAAUGCGGUGCUGCACAUUCAUACCUGUAUUGAAGAAGUCGAGAUAACAGCCUUAAUCUGCUUGGUAGACAAAAAAUCAGGAGAAAAAAGUAAGACACGACCACGUUUUGUGAAACAAGAUCAAGUAUGCAUUGCCCGUUUAAGGACAGCAGGAACCAUCUGCCUUGAGACAUUCAAAGAGUUCCCUCAGAUGGGUCGUUUUACCUUAAGAGAUGAGGGUAAGACCAUUGCAAUUGGAAAAGUUCUGAAACUGGUUCCAGAGAAGGACUAAGCAUUUUUCUUGAUGACCCUGCACAAUACUGUGAGGAAGAUUGACUCUGCAAAAGCCUACUUCACACCGCCUUCUUAUUUUCUGCCCAUUGAUAAACUUCUCCCCAUAUUUUGCAAAGACAAAUUUCACAGCCAAGGUCCACAUUAUGUCAGCUUUCUCAUAUUGAGAGCUCUGCUAUGCCACUGUUGAAUUUCCCAAAAAGAGGUUUUUUUUCUCCCAAAUUCUGCUUCCUUGCAAAGAUUCGGCAAUAGCUUUGUAAGUGAUGUGGACAUAAUUGCCUUUAAUUAUGAAAAUAUAAAGGAUUUUUAAUGUUUAAUUUCCCCUGGCAUAUUAAGACAUCUUUUUUUCCAGGCAGAUCACUCAGUGUGUGAGUGUGUGUACACAUGUUACAAAGACAACUACCAUGUUAAUAAACUAUUCAAUUUGAAA